AUGAAAUUUAAAAUGAUUUCAAUACCAGUUGGAGAACAUGCGUUAUUCAUUGAUGCAAAGAAAAUACUUGGUCAUAUUCCAAUUGAUGAUUUAAUUGCUCAAACAUUAGCUAUUGAAAUUUAUUUAGAAGGAGGUGUAAGAGGUGUUGAAAUAGGUACCCUUUUAGCUGAUAGAGAUCCAAUUACUCACGAAAAUAGAUAUCCUCAAUUAGAGUUUGUAAGACUAGCAAUUCCAAGAAGAUCAUAUACAAAUAAUCAUAUGAAAGCCGUAGCUGUAACACUUAAAAAUGUAUAUGAUAAAAGAUUUGAAAUUAAAAGUGGUUAUAAAAUUAUUCAUGAAGCACCAAUUCUAAGACAUUUUAUGUUGAAUUAG